GUGAGGCGGUUUCAGUGAGUUUGGUGAUAUGGGUAUGCCCCCAGGAGAGAGCGUGGGUCUUCCCCGUGGAGAGAGCGAGUCCCGUGGGGACAUCAGUGUGGGUAUGCAGGCCUUAUUGGGACAGAUCAACUUCCUGGACCCGAACAGUUUCUCCCCUGCCAUGCGCAAAGAGGUGAUGUCGGGGGAAGAGGGAGACGAGGAUCGCACACCUUUUGGAGAGACAUCUGAGGAGAGGUUGGAUAGGCUUGAGAGUCGUCGAGCAUGCCUCAUGGCGCAGAGGGACCCCAGGACGCAGGAGCUCGCCCGUCUUGCGGCCGAGGACCGACAGAGGCAGCUGGGGACAUAUACGACGACGUCUGUUGAUGUGGGGCCAGCUGCCCACACGGAUACUCCUCCAGAGGUUCACGACACGACGCAGCGGGAGGCGGCUUCGGCAGAGGUUUCAAGUACGGGAGUAGAUGUUCAGCAGGGGACGCACGAGAGCGGGUUGGCACCGACAGAGGAGCCACGUUCGGAGCCGGCGCAGCCUUCUGCCGUGCAGCUGAGGCUAGAGGAGACAUUGCAGCAGGUCGCGGGCGUGCCUCUGCCCACGGGUUCAGUUGAGGGUGCCGUGCAUAUGUCCCCGGGUCUGGAGCACAUACAGACGGGGCAGUCAGUGGGCGUUGAUGAUAUUCGCCCAUCGGCGCAGGCGGAGGGGAUAGCGCCGACCACCGGGGGGGACGGGGCCGUAGCGGGGGCCGUUGGUGUUGGCGAGUCGGAGGUGCCGCCCGCGGCCGAUCCGAUGUCCACGUCUGGCGGGGGAGACCCCACACAGGCACUGUUUUUGGAGGGUUAUGGGCUUCCUGCACAUGGCGGUGGCCCGGUCGAGGAGCGACGUGUAGGCAGGGGCGCGUGCAUACCCCCGGUCCCUACUUUUGCGCCGUCAGGGACGAGGCCGGAGAUUAGGCAUGUGGCUACGCCUCGAGGCAGCCUCCCUUUUGGUUUUAUGACCGCUGAGGAGUUGGAGGACCACGGCAGGAGGGAUUUGACGGAGAUCGACCAGCGUGUUUUGAGGUCAGUCCCCGAGGAGGGGAAGCUUCCUCACCUGCAGGACUUAUCUUGGGGGCCCGCCAGCCCCAGCUUACCUUCUGGGUGUUCCAUCGCAGCGCCAUCUGGCGGGGCUGCAGGGGGCUUACCUUCUGGAGGUUCCGUCGCAGCGGCAUCGGCCGGGGCCGCAGGGGACUUACCUUCUGGAGGUUCGAUCGCAGCGCCAUCAAGAGGUGCCGCAGGCCCUUCGUCACCCUUGAGCGCAGCUCCGAGGGAGGGCGGCAGCCUCACCCCGAGGUCGGUUGCCCGUAGAUGGAGAGACACUACCCAGCGUGCGCGGAAGUUGUUGGACACCAUGUUGUUCGGUCGCACAGAUCGACCAUGGAGUGAGACGAGACGGGUGACGACGGCGAGUGUCGGUCGUCAGCCAGGUUUGAGAGGGGUUUCCACGAGCGCGAGACGUCGAGAUGUUGUAGCUGCAGGGUUUGGCGGUAGAGGGGGUGGCGACGGUGGCAGUGGUGGCGACGGUGGCAGUGGCGGCGACGGUGGCAGUGGUGGCGACGACGAGCGCAGCGGAUCCGCCGUGGACGUACGGUUCGAGAGAGGUGUCGAUUAUUUUGGAGGAGCCUGAUGUUGUUACACGAUUGAGGCAGGCCCGA